AUGGCAGCGACCUACCAGUUCCCGUGUUGUGACUGCAAUGAAUCGUACGAUGCCAGCGUCCAGUGCGAAAGAUGUGAAGAAUGGUACCAUUUCGAGUGCGUUGGUGUCGACGAAUCCGUUGCAGAGGUCAUAUGGUUCUGCUCGGCCUGUAUCGGUGAGGAUAGAUCGAUCCGUGAGUCGCUGGGAGCACCAGGACGGACCAGAAUUCUUACGGUGGUGAUCGAUCUUCCAUCUGCUAAUGCUGAAGGUAGCAGUACAGAGGAACUUCGCGAACCGGAGGAGAAAAACAAGUUGGACGAACUCGAGGAGGAAAACCAACGGAAAUUUCUGGAACUUCAACGAAAGCAGAUUGCCAGACGAAAAGAAGCGCUCAAAAGGAGAAUCGAAUUGAGGAUGAUCAUCAACGAGGAUACUGAAGAUGAUUCGGAUUCAGUGAACGAAGAAGUGGAAGAAUCGACGAACAGAAGCGGGGAAAAGCAGCCGGAGGAGCAGAUCCCGAAGAGUUUGGGUGCAAUUCCGAUGGUUCCACGAAAAAGAUCUACCGAAGAUGAUAUUCAGGACCUGUAUGAUCGCUUCAAGAAACUUUUGGAAGAAAAAAAGCCUCGAAAGUCAGCACCAAAGCUGCCCACCACGAAGAAGAGCACCAAACGUGCAUCGAAUCCGGUACUGCCACGCCCUUCUUUUGAAAAGGAUGAUGACGCACUGAGAUCAAUCCUUGGUGGCGGGUGUGGAAGAUAG